AUGGCCGUUUCGGGCGGGUACCACACGUGGCCCGAAGACUUACACCGGACCGGCCGGCUCAGUCUGAGCACUGCGUCUGGGGCUGCCGUGGCCCUACUGGACCUCUCCGAGCCCCAGUUUUCCACACGGAAAGUGAGAGGUGUGCCAGAGGCUGUUCCGGUUGGUGCCUCGGCCCCCAGCCUUUGCCCUCCCGCUAUGAUCCUGCUUCUUCUCCUAAGUAUGCUGACGGCCCCACAUGGCGGGGGCCAUCCUCUGGACACCCCACACCUUCCACGGGAGCUGCCUCCGGGACUCACAAAAAAUAUUAAUAUCACAUCCUUCCCUGGGGUGUUUAAAAAUGUGGAAAGUGUGGCCGACAUUUUUGACUGCCUGGGCUCCCACUUCACCUGGCUACAAGCUGUCUUCACCAACUUCCCUGCGCUGCUCCAAUUUGUGAGUGGUAUGAAGUGUGUGGCCAGUCUCUGCCCCCGGGACUUCGAGGACUAUGGCUGUGCCUGCAGGUUUGAGAUGGAGGGGUCGCCUGUGGACGAGUCUGACAGCUGCUGCUUCCAGCACCGCAGGUGCUAUGAAGAGGCCGCUGAGAUGGACUGUCUCCAAGACCCUGCCAAGCUCAGCACAGAUGUCAACUGCGUCAGCAAGAGGAUCACAUGUGAGUCCGGGGACCCUUGUGAGUACCUGCUGUGUACCUGCAACAAGGCUGCCAUAGAAUGCUUGGCUCAGUCCAGGAUCAACUCUUCCCUGAACCAUCUGGACACUUCCUUCUGUCUGGCUCAGCCUCCAGAGACAACCAGCACAGAAGAGCUGACGACGCUUCUGCCCAGAGUGGUUCCCAUGGAGCCCACAGACACCAGUGCAAUGGCCCUUUCAGGAGAAGAAGCGGUCCAAGACCAGAAAGGCACGGAAGCCACUAGGACCACAUCCUCUUCAGGAUCUGCAGAGAUUGCUGUCUCGAUAAAAGGAGAAACCAUGGGCCCCGCUGGUUUAAAAUCUUUGGGCUUAACUGCGUCAUCCAUCAAAAAUGGCCUGGAGGAGACAACUGGAAAAGCCUGUGACAGGUUCACCUUCUUGUACCUGGGAAGCAGGGACAAUGCAUGGGUGAUGCCUCAGCUCGGAGAGAUGCUCUUCUGCCUGACAUCCCGAUGCCCAGAAGAAUUCGAAUCUUAUGGCUGUUACUGUGGGCAAGAAGGACGAGGCGAGCCAAGGGAUGCCCUGGACAGGUGCUGUUUUUCCCACCACUGCUGCCUGGAGCAGGUGAGGCAACUGGGCUGCCUGCUUGAGAGGCUUCCUCGGUCACCAGUGGAAUGUGCGGACGGUACAGCCAAGUGUGUGGGGCAGAGCCUGUGUGCGAAGCUGCUUUGUGCCUGUGACCAGAUGGUGGCCGCGUGCGUGGCCUCUGCCUUCUUUAACCAAAGCCUCAAGUCAUCGGGCACGCACGAGUGCAAGGGCCAGCAGCUGUCCUGCGAGGACAGCAUGCCCGGGGGCCCUGCGGCUUCCUCCCCUGGCUCCAGCUCUGAGGAGGGCAGCGAGGAGGCCAUGCCCCGCACAGAGGGCCCCAGAAGAACCAGAAGAUUUUUGGGGAGGUCACUUGGUCCUGUGGGGACCAGGCGACAACAUGGCCCCAGAGAGACCCCUGCAGAAAGCCACAAGCACCGCCCACAAUAG